CCUGAGCAGCUGUCCCAGGUCGACUGCUGUCAAACGAGUCACUGACCGCCGACUUUCUCCACAAGCCUCUCUUUAGUUUUAACCAAGGAUGUAGAGCAGAGCUUCGGUGUGGCUUUUGCAGAUGGUAAUGCUUCAGAGUUGUUCGGUCCAUCCGUUGUUGGACCAGUGAAGAUGCCUCUAAUACCAGUUGUCCCAGAGAACCACAGCCAUGUCCUGGCCGAGUUUGACUGCCUCGACCCGCUCCUUUCUGCGCUGCGUUUAGACUCAGGCAGGCUCAAGUGUACCUGUCUAGCCGUGUCAAGGAAGUGGCUUGCUCUGGGAACAUCAGCUGGCGGGUUGCAUCUGAUUCAGAAAGAAGGCUGGAAGCAGAGGCUCAUCCUCACCCACAAGGAGGGAUCUAUCACUCAGGUGGCAUGUUGCCCACACGAUGAGGAUUUUGUUGCAGUUGCCACAAGUCAGGGUCUGGUGGUGGUGUGGGAGCUGCAGCUGGAGCGGCGCGGUCGUCCAGAACGUGUCAGCCUCUCCUGGGAGCACAGAGGUCACAACAUCACUUCACUCUGCUGGGACUCCAGCGCACUCAGAGUUUUUGUUGGGGACUCUGCAGGAAAAGUGUCUUAUCUGCGGGCAGGAUCCUCAAAACUGGGAAAGGGGUCAGCGUUUGUGAUCUUCCCCGUUCAGACGGUCACAACUGUUGACUCCAGUGUUGUCCAGCUGGGGUAUCAAGAUGGCCGCCUGCUUGUGUCUUCUCUGAGUCGCUGCUACCUCUGCGACACCGAGAAGGAGAAAUUCUGGCGUGUUGGAAGUAAAGAGCGCGACGGGGAAUACGGAGCCUGCUUUUUCCCUCAGAGCAAGGGGUUAUUGGGGGGUCAGCCCCCACUGCUUUACUGCGCUCGGCCAGGGUCUCGAAUAUGGGAGGCUAGUUUUAACGGCGAGGUUCUGAGCACUCACCAGUUCAAACAACUGCUGGCAUGUCCCCCACUACCUCUCAUCACAUUCAGAAACGAGCCAAAUUACAAUCCAGCACAGAGGAGUCCUCAGUCACUCGCCUUUUCCAAACUGCUUUAUUUGGGAGAUCAAAACCUGCUGACUUGGUCCGAUUCAGCCAUUUAUAUCUUUACACCUCAGAAUGGGCAAGUUCUGCUGUGGACUGAAGUUAAAGACUUGGCUGAUGUCGCAGUCCACCGCGGUGAGCUGUUCUGCCUCCAUGGCAGUGGACGUCUGUCCCACCUCUCCUUGUUAUCUGCGGAGCGUUGCGUUGAGCGUCUGCUGCGGCGGGAGUCUUGGACUCUAGCUGUCACCGUCUGCUGCAUGUUCCAGCACGCCAUCACCACCAGCAGGGCCAGGAAGUCCGUUCCUAUCGACCGUCUCGAACACCUGAAGUCUCAGCUCGGCUCCAGCCCAAACUCUGAGCUGACCAGCCAGCUGGAGGAAGUGAUCGCAAAGCUGGAGCCACUGGACUCUGCGUCCAGCAGCCGGAGAAGCAGCAUCUCCUCACACGAGAGUUUCAACGUCCUGGACUGUGGAAUCUAUCGAGUGAUCAGCCGCAGAGGAAGUCAGUCCGAUGAGGAGACGAACUCCCUCAUCAAUCAGUCCACGUCGGAGGAGGAGAGACUCAAAGAGUUCAGCUUUGUGCAGGAGGAUGAUCAGGUGGAUCCUGAUCCACAGAGCAGCGAGCGCACGGAGGCUGACCGAUCUGAUCAAGGCAUGCAGUUCCACCUCCCGCUCUCCUUCCGCCCCAAACCCCCUCGCAUUGCCCUGCAGGCCGUCAAAGACAGUGUUUCCAGCUUCGUCAAGAAGACGACAGAAAAGAUCAACACGCUCCAGAUGAACUCUGAGCUCCGUCAGCGGCCUGAAUACAAGGAGACUGGACAGGCCGACACAAUCUCCAGCACAACUUCCUUCUCGGAGGACAUGGAGAACGAACUUUGUAAUGAAGCAUCUAACGCAGAGGCUGACAUGCAAGAACUUCGGACAGCGACGGAGAAAGCUGUCUCACAGAUACGAGAUCCUUUGGUGCUACUUGAUCCAGAUUGCCUCCGAGAAGCUCUGCAGGAGUGGUUGCCGAUUCUGGAGCGAGUCCUUGGACCUGAGGCGGCAGAUUCAAACCUGGAUGGAUCAGGAGAGGACCGAUGGGAGCGGGAUUAUCUGAACCCCUGCGCAGAGCAACAAGGAGAAUCCACAGGGAUUGUUGCAGAAGAGACUAAAGAGCCUCCCCAACUUGGAGCUGAAGCUGAGAACCAGCCGACAUCAGACUCUGCCGAACGCUUUUCAUCGUGCAGGAGUUCUCCAGAGCCUGUCCGAGUGGUGUCUCCUGAAGCCGUACCAUCAGAUCUGUCAGCUGACCUCACCGAGCUGGCCACCCUCUACACGGAGCUGAGCUGCUUCAGAAACCAGAACGAGGCGCUCGGAUGCUUAACUUUCCUGCGACGCUACUUCUUUCUGCUGGACCAGGAGCGCGUGAGGAGGAUGUGUCUGCUGUGUUAUCAGGAGCAGCCUGAGAUGAUGAGCUCCUUCACUGAGGCCAUGCUCGAGCUCACUCAGUCCAGUAAAGUGGUGGAGAUUAUUCAGAAAGGCGAUUUGCUAAAAUCUCUGCGGAGUCUGAGGGAACUCCAGGCCUGGGGGGCACCUCAUCUUCUUGCUCACCUGCACAGGCUGUACGAGAAGCACGGAGAGGCGGCUGUACGCUCGUUCUCCCAGUUCUAUCCAACAAUCACUCCUGCUGAUGUGAUGACGAUGGCUCAGCAAAGCCACUUCCUGCCAUACCUGGAUAAUCUGGUCCAAUCAAGAACCGAGGAGCACAGGCUGUCAUUUCUUCAGUCCCUUCUUGAACCUGAAUCACUGAAGCAUGAUUGGCUGGAGCUGGCACUCACUCAUGAUGCUCCUCAACGCUGUGAUACCAUGACUCCUGAUGGACAGCCCAGGUGGCAUUCACACUGCUUCAGCUGGGGUUACGGUCGUCUUUUGUCUUUGCUGACUCGUCUUCCUGCAGACCUUUCAUCUAAGGAGAAGAUGGCUGAGACCUGUCGCAGUCACGGGUACUGGACAGGCUACCUCUACCUCUGCAAGGAGCUGCAGCGUCGCACUGAAGUGUUUUCCACCAUCUGCCAGCUGGACGACAUCAGCCUGCUGGAAGAACCUGAUGGUGUUGAGCCUCAGACCUUGGACGAGUGGAAGCUCCUGAUCCAGCUGUCUCAGCAGCGCAGCAGUGCGGCAGAAUCGCAGCAGGUCGCCAACGUGAACGGGAGCAGCUGGUCCAACGGCUCCGCAGACUGCGAGGGAAAGAUCAGCCCGGAGAGUCUGACCCUCAUGUUGGCUCGGACAGCCGGGCCGGAGCGCGCGCUCAAGGUGCUGGAGGAGUGCGGGGUGCAGCCGGUCUUUUCAGCUCACUCUGAACUGGUGUGUGAACUGCUGAGAGUCGCUGAGAAGAGACAGAGGGCAAUGAUCCAGACGAUGCUUGAACGUUGUGAUCGCUUCCUCUGGUCUCAGCACGCCUAACGCCCGAUCAGAGUAUUGAUCAUUGCAGUCACACUUUAUGUGACCUGAUUACAACACUGAUACCCAUCCAGCUUAAAAUACU